AUGCUUCCGCCCUUGCAGCUGCCGCAGGUCGAUGGCGCCGGUGACCUUGGCGAUGACGAAUUGGAUGGCGACCACCAGGACGACGACGCGCCAAGUGACGAUGCCCCUGGCCCUGCGACAAAGAAGGCAAAGAGCAAGCCGCGCAGACCUCGCAAAGGCCAGGGCGUCGUUGCUACAGCUGCGCAGUUGAAUGAUGAGUUACAGGCAGCGGUUGUUGGGUACCUGCUGAUCUACUACGUCGGUCGCAUCGCCAUCAUGGGCACGGUGUCAUCGAUUGCGAGGAGGAGGGGACAGAGGAGACAGGAAGCGGAGGAGGCGGAGAAGGAGGAGAAGAAAGGAGAGUCAUUGUUAAAGGACAAUGGAACGGCAGGAGGAGAGGAAGGAGAAGAGGUGGAGGAGGAGAAGCCAAAGGCGAUGAAUGCAAAGGAGAGCAAGAACAACAAGAACAAGAACAAGAACAAGGCGAAAGAAGAUGAACAGCGACACCACCCUGUCGUCAUCAACACAAAGGCCGGAUUGAUCUGGAAACCAACAAACAGCGACACAUAUUCCAUGCUCCCAGCAUGCGUUGAGCCAGCGGUCCCGCCCGAUCGGCUGUGGCCCAAGCUGGAAGAUCGAAGUAAAUGGGCACAAGCCUCCGGUCCAACUGCGCCCGUCAUCAUCCCGAAACAGUAA